GUCUGAUACGUCACUUGUUUUGAUGUUUAUGGAUCAGGAAGUGAGACAAACUACGGACUCGUCGUUGUUCACCCCCGUGUUUAACCGCUCGGGUAAUAGUGUGAGUUGAUUGUGUGGAUGAUCACAUCUGAACGGAACUUUCUCUCACUUUGAAGAAUUGUUUUUGAACUUUCGCUCUGAGCGCUCUUCUUCCGCGCAACAGGUGCGCCAGAUGAUGUGUUGCAUUUAAGGAACACCUUGAGCUCGGACAUAUGAGAGUCCUGGAAUAAACGUGUUUGUUGGGGUUGAUGUAACUGGUGUUGUUUAAAGUUAGAAACCGUCUGAAAGCUCGGGAGAGAACCGUGAGGUGUUGAUGACAUUUCUGAGUGACGUGUGUUUAUUUUUGGGGCUUUUUCCGGGCUCGUGAGCGCCUCCCCGACCCCGCCCCUCAGGUCCCUGUCCUCUCCGCCUUUAGGCUCGGUCGGUGUCAUCGGUGAAGUUGAAGAUUCAGCUGUUUGCUCCCCGCUGACGAGGUCUCACGUCGCGCCUCUCCGCGUUCACUUAUCGGUUCCGGUGGACCCACGCACACACCUCACUCUCAGGAUGUCUCCGUCCACGUCCCCCCGGUUCUUCACCGAGAGGGAGGUGGCGCGCCACAGCACCACGGACUCCUGCUGGGUGCUGCUGGGGAGCAGAGUGUACGACGUGACCGCCUUCCUGCGAAUGCACCCGGGCGGGGAGGCCCUGAUACGGAGCCGCGCAGGGAAGGAUGUGAGUCGGGAGAUUGAGGGACCCCCGCACCGGCACUCGGAGAACGCGCGCUCAUGGAUGGAGCAGUACUACAUCGGGGAGCUGGACACGGAGAGCGGCACCGACGAGGCGCAGACGUUGAGAGAGCGGAGAAAAGUCGGCGAACAGACGGAAGGAAAAGCUGCAAAAAAACCCACAAAGGAAAAGGUGGAUGAAGAUGACAAGAACUCUCCGUACAGCCGCUGCAGGCCCGUGGACCUGGACAAGGAUUUGGUGGACUGGACAAAGCCCCUGGCCUGGCAGGUGGGUCACCUGGGAGAGAAGUACGACGCAUGGGUUCACCAGCCGGUCGACCGACCCAUCAGACUCUUUGGGAAUGCCUUCCUGGAAGCCGGCACCAAGACGUCCUGGUACUGGGUACCGGUGGUUUGGCUCCCCCUGGUGUUCUAUCUCAGCUGGUACUGCUACACCACCAUGGCAAAGGGCACCUCAAGGAUAGACGUCACUUCAGACUUGUCCAUCCCCAUCCAUAAGUACAUGUUCCCAAUGUUUUUCCUGAUGGGCUGGUUCUUGUGGACUUUCAUUGAAUACUGCAUCCAUCGCUUCGUCUUCCACAUGAAACCGCCCGCGCACAACUACUACCUCAUCACGCUGCACUUUCUGCUGCACGGGCAGCACCACAAGUCUCCGUUUGAUGGCUCUCGGCUCGUCUUCCCUCCUGGUCUGGCCUCCUUAGUCGUGGGAACUUUUUAUAUCUUUCUCCUCAGCACGCUCCCAGAGAUCCUCGGGGUAUCCGUGUUCGUCGGAGGGCUGUGCGGCUACGUUGUGUACGACAUGAUUCACUACUAUCUUCACUACGGAUCACCAAAGCGAGGAACGUACCUGUACAGUCUGAAGGCCUACCAUGUAAAACAUCACUUUGAGCACCAGAAAACAGGUUUUGGAAUCACCACCACGUUCUGGGACCACCCCUUCAACACAGUCAUCCCCGAUGAGAAAUUUUAACACACAAACGGCUCUCCUGCAGGGCCACGGACUCGUCAGCCACCCCCUUUCCUAACUAGCUCACCUGUUGAAGGCACCUGGCCUCUUUAGCCCACUCUCCACAUUAAAAUAGCAGCAUACGAUUUCUUCAGCUCUUCAGUCAUGUGAACCUGCCUUUGCUCCUUUACCUGUCGUGAUCUUUUCUGCACAGUUCGGAGGCCUUUUAGUGCCAUUAAUAAUCUAAACUGGUGCUCAUCAGCCAAACUUUCACCUGAACGCCUCAGAGGCGGGACACGAAUGAGUCUGAGAACUUAACCAGAUCACUCGUAACACAGAUUAACGUUAGAAGAAGCUCGAGGGGACAGGAAGUGGUGGAUGGUGAGUGAACGUGGAGACGGGUGUAGUCUAGUUUAAGUGAGCGUGCACUCCAGGAAGUACCUUCAUCCCACCUUCUCUGAAUGUUUCCCUGCGCUCUCACCUCGCUGAAGCACCUGUGAACACAGCAUUUGUGUCAGGUCACUCCAACCAGUCGAUUUGAUUUUCCGUCUGGAUUUAAGUAAAUUUGAGCGUAGCUGCAGGAGGGGAUCUACUGUUAAUGUGAAUCGGCGUUCCAGAUGUUUGAACACAACAUGCACAUAUUUUUCCAAGUGUUGUAAUAUUUCCUCUGUACUUUUUCCUUUUACCCUCUUUGAUCGAGAAAUUGUGUAAAAAAAAACUAUAUUUUUAAGAGGAUUUGUACAAAAGAGAAGUUUUGUGGAGGGAUAGGUGGAAACGGUACGAGUGUGAACUUUUCACGGAGACGGAGCAGAAGGCAUGAAGCCAGGCUCGAGACUUCCUGCUGUGGGGAUCUUGGGGUCAAAGGUCACAGGCUGUUUACUGUUGGUUGAUUAAAAAACCUCAAGUUCAGCAUUUAGUCUUUACCUUUUUAAUCUUUCCAGAGACGGAAAUGACCCGAAAAAUUGGAAAGUUGGAGAAAUGUUUGACGCCUGAUUGGAUGAAUUCUUUUCCCUGGACCCAAAGCGACCGAAUGACUCAUCGAUAGUAUUAUACGAGAGGAGGUGGCGCAUUUUAAAUGUGAAUCCAUUAGAGAGAGAGAGAGGGUUGGUAGUUAAAGUUCUGAACCGGUCACCUGCGGGUCUGGCUCCGUAGACCCCUGCAGAGGACGACGACCGACGAACCGACCCAACAGCUGGACGUCUCGACACCGACUGGCAGAUCUUCAGCUCGUCUCCUCCAGAGGGGCUGAGGACUCAAGCAGAACAAACUUAAUUUAAGCUUUUUACGUUCUUGUUGCACAGUGAGGAUUACACCUUUUACAGAGCUUUAAUGCAAAUAAACGCCUCGCUUUGACAAAGAUUUGUUAUUUUCUUUUACGCACAUUCUCGCACCGCUUCAUGUACAGCCAGAGCUUCUAUUUUAAAUGUUCACACAGAAACAUAAUCGUCUUUUUACGUUCUCCAAGAUUUAAUUUGAUGUUAAACAAAAAGGGCUGAGAGACCAAAACUAAUAAAACCAGUCGCCUGCCAGAGACGAGCUGUAAAAACCACACGUCAUCUACAGUAAUUUAAUUAUUUUGUCACGUUUAAAGGAUUGUAGCUGAUUUUAUUUCAACUCUGUUCCACAGCGAUGGCCCUUAUUAAGAACCAAACAUGUCUAAUAACUUGAUAAACUAAUAUCGGUGCGUGAUCGCGUGACAUGAUCCUGACCGCUGCUUCAAAGUCGGAUACUUCUGUUAAAAAAAGCCACUGAUUUUAUUUAUGUGUAUUUAUGUGAAAAAAUAAAACCUGUAAACUUCAGCGUUCCCUUCAGCUAAAAGGAGUUUCACUUCUAAAUCUGUUUAUUUCAGUUUCAUUUUAAAAUUUCUAUGCAAUGCAAACCAUUUGUAAAUAAAUGUAUAUUUCUGA